CUGUACAGAAAUGUGAAUGGGUGGUUUAUUUGAUACUCAAUGCCACACACACACACACACACACACACACACACACACACACACACACGUCAAUGCCACACACACACACACACGCACACACGGAGCUCGGAAAGCAGCUGCGUAAUGACGCGCAGUCACUUGUUCUCUUGGAGGAAGACUCGCGAGGUGAAUAGGACUCUAAAACAUUACCUGGACAAAUAAGACCAGUCAGAUAGAAAGAGAGUGCAGGAGGAGUAGGAGAGAGCAGAUGCCAUGCUGCUGUCAUCGCUAUUAUGGUUUUCUCUUGUGGUGCCACUGGGCCAAGCUCUGGAGUUUCGAUACCACAACACGGCUCAGGUGGAGCAAUAUCUACACGAAAUCAGCAAAAACUACUCCAGCAUCACACACCUGCACAGCAUCGGCCUGUCUGUUGAAGGAAGAGAGCUUUGGGUGCUAAUACUGGGUCAACAUCCUAGAAAGCAUCGUGUUGGAAUUCCUGAAUUCAAAUACGUUGGCAACAUGCAUGGUAAUGAGGUGGUGGGGCGAGUCUUGCUGCUCCAGCUGAUCGAUUACCUGACCCGCAACUAUAUGAGUGACCCUUUUGUGACGAAGCUGAUGAACACCGCGCGUAUACACAUCCUGCCCUCGAUGAACCCAGAUGGCUUUGAGUCAUCAGGACGUGACUGCAUGUACUCACUGGGCAGGUUCAAUAAAAAUGGCGUGGACCUGAACCGGAACUUUCCGGAUGCAUUCUUGAGUAAUCGUGAACAGGUGAGAGAAAAGGAGGUGGAGGCUGUGAUGAAGUGGCUGAAGACAGAGCAGUUCAUCCUCUCUGCUAACCUCCAUGGAGGAGCAGUGGUGGCCAGCUACCCGUAUGACAACAGCAACGGAGGCAGUGAGCUGCAGGGGGACUCCAGCAUUACUCCAGAUAAUGAUGUGUUUGUCCACCUGGCCAAGACUUACUCAGUUAACCAUGUGAGUAUGCAAAAGGGAAGCAAGUGCUACGAUUCCAUGGAUUUCCCCGAUGGCAUCACUAAUGGCUACAGCUGGUAUCCACUACAAGGUGGGAUGCAGGACUACAAUUAUGUUUGGGCUCAGUGUUUAGAGAUCACUCUUGAGCUGUCCUGCUGUAAGUUCCCUCCAGAAAAUGACCUGCCAGGUCUGUGGGAUGCCAACAAGCCUGCACUGCUGGCCUACAUGCAACAAGUGCAUCUAGGUUUAAAAGGUCAAGUGUUUUUCUCGAAUGGGACUCCAGUCCAAAAUGCCUCGGUGGAAGUACAGGGGAGGAGGAACCUUUGUCCCUUCAGGACAGAUCACAACGGAGAGUAUUACAGACUGCUGCUGCCAGGAAACUACACCAUCAUGGUGACAUACCCAGGAUAUGAGCCACUCACAGAGACUGUGUCAGUGCCAUACGGUCCGGACAGAUUCACUGCUUUAACACACAACUUCCAGUUUCAGAAAAGUGCCAGCACUAAGGUCGUUGUGAAAACAGAGCCUACUUGCCCAUCACCUGAAGUCAGUAAUGAAAAAAACCACAGUGCUACCCCGAUGCCCAGCACCAUCACUGCAAUUACUGCUCUUACACUCACACUUCUCACACUCCUGCUGUGAUGAGAUUAAUGACUGACUGGAAAAAUGCACACUUUACUCUUCUUGCACAACCACAUGGGCCAUGUUUUGGCUUGAUAUAUUUCUCUCCUUUUGAAGGCCAUCAAUGGAAAGCAUCUGACUCUGAAUAUUGUAUUUAAAGAACUGCCUCAUCAGAGAGGGGCUGUGCUUUAGGAGCUCACGAUGGAACACACUUUCUUUGAUAUUUCUCAAUGUCACACAUACAGAUGAGCACAUUGUAAAGAAAACCAAAACUCUGGACAGCUGACAUAAAAGACAUAAGUGCAAAUUGGCUUCAACUGUGUUACACACAUAUAAUUUGAACUUAAACAUCCAAUUUUUUUUUUUGAGACCUUACCAGUUUUGGCCUUAAAGGAAAAGUCCAUCCUGAACGACUUGCAUAUCAAUAUUUAUAAUGAAUAUGAAAUAUCCAGUCACAUCCAAGAUUUGUUUAAUUAUGAAUGUUGCCUUUUUUGGUUUAAACUUUUUCAUUGACAUGUUGCUCUGUUUUCAUUUUGGUUAACGGUUUCCUAUAUUACCCAUAGUGCUGUUCGGCUACCCACUGAUAGUGGCACAACUGGAAAUUAGCUCUUUCUUCAUCUCCACAGCAGUGCAGCAGCACUCUAGUCUCUCUAGCUCUUCCACUUCCUCAUCUGUACUGUACACUCUGCUCAUACUAACAUCAAUGUCCUUGAACAAUACCAUCAAGUUGUCAUCUCACAGCUCUCUAACUAUUCAAUACACUACACACAUCACAAAAAAAAUUAUUGAGUUAAAGGGUGGAUCUUUCCUUUAAAACUUUUGUUAACAUGGCCCCUGGAAUCAAUUUUUUGUUCCUAACACAUGUCCCUCCUAGAGUGUGGUUCUUUCACUACAGUCAAAGCUCAAACAUGUGACUUUUCCAGUGGUAACAGUGGUGACAUUCUAAAUUUAACAUGAAUAAUUAAAAUGCAGGAUUUUACAACUUGAAAUUUUUUUUAAUCCCUACGGGUUUAACUGAUUGCUAUUUCAACUAAAGUGUAAUCUUAUUUUUUAUCAUAGACAUGCUGUUUUAUUAAUUGUUAUCCUAUUAUUGUAUUUCUGUCAAUUUUGUUUUCUAUGACGUCAAUUAUUUAGGAAAGUGGCCAUUCCAGAAUUUCUAAUUAUGCAGGUAUUUUAUCAAGCCAUAAAAAAAAAAAAACUUUUAUUUACUCUUAGCAUUUAAACAUUUUUAUUUCUUCACAAACACAUCUGUUUGUAGGGAAAAGGUUCAGUUUCUGGUUCCAUAAACUCAAAAACUCAAAUGGCUUUGCCAAAAAAAAAGCUCUUUUCUCUUCUACCUCAUCCUGGCCGCAUACUGGUAUAUUGACUUGUAGUGCCUUAAAUAAAAUUGUUAAUUUCA